CUUCAAGCAGCCUUGCCUCGUGAGCAAGCAACAGGUGGUGAACGCACGGUCCCUUCAGCCACUCGCCAUGGCCAACAGCAGAUUCCAAUACGUCAAGAAAUUUGAGCUUUCGGACGCGUUGCUACCCGACACUUAUCUGGUCGCCAGGCUGGACGGACACAGGUUCACGAAAUUCACUGCGGAACAUGGGUUCACCAAGCCCAACGACGAGCGAGGGCUGCUGCUGAUGGCUGAAUGUGCGCGACAGGUAAUGAGCGAGUGGUCGGACUUGGUGAUGGCGUUCGGACAGAGCGAUGAGUUCAGCUUCCUUCUCCCGGCUUCGAGUCCACUGUACGGGAGGCGAUCGGCGAAGCUGUCCACUUCCUUCGUGUCUCUCUUUUCCUCCAGCUUCGUCUUCUUCUGGCCGAAGCACUUCCCAGACACUCCCCUGCUGUACCCACCCAACUUCGACGCCAGGAUAGUCUCGUACCCCUCCGCCCAGCACGUCCGGGAUUACUUUUCGUGGAGGCAAGCGGACUGCCACAUCAACAACCUGUACAACACCUGUUUCUGGGCUCUUGUCGCCGAUGGGGUGUCCAAGCAGGACGCCCAAGUAGCCCUCAAGGGCACCACCUCCGGCGACAAGAACGAGCUUCUCUUCUCGAGGUUCGACACCAACUACAACGAGAUCCCCCAGCGCUUCCGAAAGGGCACUACGCUGUUUCGUGCCCGACCAACAGCGGUGGCGGCGCCACCGCCGCCGCCGCCGCCUGAAACACCAUUGCGGCAGCCAUCGCGACAAGAUGGCGCCGCUGCAGUGGACGGAAGCGGCGACAAGGGCGGACGUGGGCCACCGGUAGAAAGUGGCCCCAUUUCAGCGACGGCCACUGGUGGGGAAACCCCAACGGCGGGGCGGCAGGCCGGAGAGACAGGCGUAGAGGCACCAAGGCUUGCCGCGCAAGAAACCAACAACCGGGUGGAGAACAACAUCGGAGUAGAGACAAUCCCCGAUUCUCGUCCUUCGGAGGAUGGAAAACCCGAAGCGGGGUCAGAGGGCGGGGAUGCGCAAGCCGGGGUAGCAGCGUCUGGCGCUGCAACCGGGAAGGGGCAGGGCGAUAAGAGACCACGGGGGAGAGGCAAGGGGGGUGCCAGCGAGAAGGCGGGGGGUGCGCCACGGGGCGACGCCGUUGUAAAGGUGGUGUCAUGCUCGGACGGGAAGGGCAGAGCAAAGCGGCUCUUGAAGAAGGGCCACGCGCCUCCCGGAGCAAUCGAGGAGGACGCGUGCGACCUUAUUCGAGACGAUUUCUGGGACAGAAACCCGCACAUUUUGGCCGCGGGUACAAUGAGACGGUGACAACCGUUACACAGCAGAGUGUUGUUGUGACGAACACGUGGAAGGGGGUGUUGACCUUUAACAUGCUUCCGUUCGGUACGUGGGGUUUGUCGUGGGUCUUGGUAGGACUGCCCGCGACCAACGUCUCGGGGCGGGAAAUCCUCAAGAACUGGAGUAUGCCUUCGGGUCAGAAGCCGACGGUCAAAUGACAACCUUUCCUCUUGCCAC